AUGGGAGGGAAAGAGCCUAGACUUAUCAUAACCGAUGAGGAUGCUAGCAUGAGGGAGGCUAUGAGUGUUGUUCUUCCAAAUACGAAACACAGGUUGUGCAUGUGGCAUAUUAUGAAAAAACUUCCUGAAAAGAUUGGUCCUCACUUAAGGGAGGAACCCGACAAUGAGUGGUUGGCUACUAGGUACAAGAUUCGCAAGUCAUGGAUUCCAGCCUACUUCAUGGACAUAUUCUUGGCAGGGGUUCUUAGAAUGACGUCAAGGCAAGAGGAGUUGAUAGCUGACAACACAAGCAUGCAUACAACGCCUCAGAUUCUAACAACGUGGGGAAUAGAGAGGAAAGGCAGUGAGCUAUUCACACAUGAGGUGUUCAAUGAAUUCCAAAAAGAGGUAGUUGCUGCUAGAGAGCAUUGCGAUGUGCAGGGUGCUGAACUUGUAGACGGGGUGAAAAUUGUGGCCAUAACCGAUGCUUCCAAGAAGGUCAAAGAAGUCUGCUGUAACACCUCAACCAUGGUAGAGAAAUGUUCCUGCAUGCUAUUUGAGUCUUUAGGAAUCCCAUGCUGCCAUAUUGUACGCUUCUUGAGGGCUGCAAAGGUUGAAGACAGUAAUGAACUGCCGAACCACUAUGUCCUCAAAAGAUGGGAGAAAAACUGCAAAAGGGAUUGUGUGUAUGAUAGCGAAGGCAACCUACUUGCGGAGAAGCCAAUCGAUUCCAUUGAUGCAACUAAGAGAAGAAAGAUUUCAGAUGCAAGCAACAAGUUUGAAGCUCUCAUUCAAAUGGCUAAGAACUCUGAUGAAGGCAUGGACUUCCUCACAACUAAUUUGCUCAAUAUGGAGGUUAAAGGGAAAUGCUUUCCUCUAGAGGCUGUGGUGGUGUACGAGACAAUAGAUCCGUAG